AUGUCGGAACUAUGUAAGGAGCUUGCUGGUAUGUUUUCUGAAACUGGAGAUGAUGAAACCUUUCUUGGAUUUUCUGAUAGUGAACUUAAAGAAUGUAUUUUUAAGGAUUCGGAGUCGGACAGCGAUGGAAAAAGCACUGAGCAUGUCUCCCAAAAGGCACCAGCUCGUCAAGGGUUUACCUUAAGAAUAGCACUGCGAACCCGCUCGUUAAACGAUGUCCCAGAAGAGGAUGAUGACUGUCAAAAAGAGAAGAGAAAAAUGCUGAUGAAAAAAGCCAUUAGUCCUGAAAAUAUAAAAUUGGAAAUGGAUGAGGCACAAAAUAUCCUUUCAUCUCCUUAUCAGCUGGAGUCUGAUGAUGGUGGUGAUGAUUCUGAUUCAUUUCUUGAAAAGAGAGCCAUGAAUAUCCAGGCAAACAAAGCAAUGUUGGCACAGCUGAUGUCAGAUCUACAGAAAAUGACAGGGCCCUUGUUGAACACUGAACACGCUCGUAAAAAGGAGCGUCGAUCUGAUCACGGUGUGCGCGUUUCUACACCGCGCCGUAAUCCAGAACGUGCGUCUCGGAGAAUGACCCGCUCGAUGGCAGCUGAUUUCCCUGCCACUCAAAUCAGUUCUGAGCUGGAAGUGAGCUUGGAAGAUGAACUAAUGAAGAUCCAUUCAAAACCACAGAGGCGUGAACCUGUACGACCACGUCAAGCCAAGCCUCACAUCAUGCGUCGAGUGGAAGAAGUCACGGAGGAUGAGCUUGAGCUGGUGGCUACGAACAUGACUGAGAAGAUUUAUAAUCGCGUCACUGGCACCACCUGCCAUCAGUGCAGACAAAAGACUGUUGAUACGAAGACUUCCUGCCGAAGUGAAAACUGCCGUGGGGUACAGGGUCAGUUCUGUGGUCCAUGUCUCCGUAACAGAUAUGGGGAGGACGUAAGGACUGCCCUCCUUGAUCCGAGCUGGCAGUGCCCACCUUGUCGAGGUAUCUGUAACUGUAGCUAUUGCCGCCAGCGUCAUGGCUGCUGUGCAACUGGCAUUCUCUUUCCCCUCGUGCAGCAUCGUGGCUUCUCCGACGUUCACUCCUACCUCUGCAGUCUCCGUGGUAAACUUGAAAAAUAAUGACCCCAGUAUGUCAAAGCCAGACCUGUGGUGACAUGUUUGACAAUUUUAAGUGUAAUUGUGUGUUGGUCAUGUACCAGCUCCCUUUGUAUUAUUUUAUGGGAUUUAAAUUUGUCUAAAUAAAGUACUUUUUUAUAAUGUACCAGCAACAUAUUCAGUGAUUAAGUGGUGUUCCCUUGUUAAAAGUAAUGCAUGGUCAAUAGAGGCAGAUUGGUUGACUUCACUUGGACAGUCAAGACUUGAAUUUAAUUUCCAGUGAGUUGUACUUCAGCCAUCUCCCCCUGCCCUUUAUCACUUUGGAACAGGUUGGUUUAUUUGAUUUUAUAUGAUGGCCAUAGGACCCAAAUGCUCAUGGGAAAAACUGUACCCAGUGGCAUGUAGACUGAAGAAAACCGGUAGUUGGUCAGAGCUUUGUGUUGCACUCGACUGGUAUGUCAGAAUGCAGGCUGUAAUGGCAAGCAGCCCACAGUCUUCAUACGAGUAACGUAAACUCUCAGUGGACUAGAAAUGGACUCGGACAGCAGAUGGUGUGCAGUCUUUUCUCUUGUUGGUUCAUGAUUCCUUACAAAAUGGGGGCAUCCUUCUUUAAGUGCUACAUACCAUCUAAAAGGUCUAUGGUCUACUAACUGUCUGCUUCUCCAGUCAUUUCUUUAGGACAUGCUAGAGAAACCUAUGGCUCUGUUAUAAAGAGCUAAAACUUCAUUCCAACAAAUGGUAUAUUCAUGUGUAUUAGACCCAUUUUAUGCAAUGUAUACCUGUUUUGAGGCAUCUGUGCACUGUAAACUGAAAAUUGAAUUGUUUUGUAUGCUUUCAUUAUGGCAAUAUCUCUUGUCUGAAUUCACCCACUCUUCACUGCAAAUUCUCGCCCAUCACUCUGCUCAUCUGCUGCAGACUAACCUUAAUUUUAAUCUUUUGUACUUUGCAGUUUUGUUUUAGUUUUUCACAAUUUGACAAUUUGAUCACAAGCUUAUUGCAAUGAUCCUACUUCUGAUUUGAAUGUGGUUUUGUUUAAAUUUUUUUUUUUUUUAUCCCACUUGGCUAAAUGUGUCUGAUGAUUGUACUAUGAUGAGUUCCACACCCAAGUCUUGGCUGGUGGAGGUGAUGUUAAUGGUUUCUUUGCUACUGCUACAGUUGGCUUACUCUUUAAACUUUUAAAUUCUGCUUAAUGAUUGUCUUUUUUUUUUCUUUUUUUUUUUUAACAAAUUAAAUCCAUAUCAAACUGUCUUGACUAUUCCCUUGAAGUGGCAAUAAUGCUGAUCUCCUAUUUAAUGGUUAAAAUGUAGAAAUAAAAAUACACACUUUACUAUAGAUGAUCCAGUUUAAUCUACUAGUAAGUAUACGCUAGCAAAAUCAACCUACAUUGACAUUAUCUGGCACGCUGUUUAACAUGUUUCCAUGGCUAUGCACCCAUUAGGCUUUUGCAUUGUGUAUGUACAUUCAGUUAUGGUUACUGGAACUAAUGUUUAAAAACCAAGAGCAAAAUGGUCAACUAAAGCUGUCUAAAACAGUAUUCUCCUCUACCUCCAUCCAUGCUGAAAAAAGAACAAAAGAACUUCUAUAAAAAAUUUGUUCCCUUUCCAAACACAGCCACAUAAUUGUUUUAAUUUCACACUUUCAGUAGUAGAAACCGAUUUUAAACUGUUGUAAAAGGCUGACGGCAUGUAUCAAACAACUGAGUUGAUUUAAUAACAGUAAGUGACAGGUACCAGUCUACUGCAGUGUGUCAGGUUUCUAAAGGACUAGUGAAACUAUCACACAAGACUUGAGCACAGAUGGCCACAGUUAACAUGAAACAAUUUUAAAAAUCUCUAUUAUGCUACAUAUGUGCAAUGGAUGCACAUACAUUUAGUGGGUGUCUAUGGGUGCGUUUUUGUGGGUAUGUCUGUGUGUGCAUUUCACUGUAAAGAAAAAGGAGCAAAGGACCUUGUGGCCUCAGCUGCAUGUGAAAAUUUGUCUCCUUUUCCACUGUUAAUAGUUGGACAUUAAAACAGUAGGUUAAAGACACUAAUCAAAACAAUUAAUCAGAGUAGAGAUGAGGUUAUGACCCAGCAUAUCACCCAAGCCUCAUGAGAAACAAUUAGACUUUUAAAAAUGGAAGUGUUAUUCCAUGCUGAUAUGUAUAUACUGGGAUUUUUUUUUUCUUCUUGUGACUGAGAAUGUGAUGCAUAUAUAGCUUUAUA